CGAGUACUAGGGGAAGGGUAAGGAAGACCAGGACGACAGGGAAAGAAAAGGUGAAGGCGGCGAGCGCCGCGGCGGGGUCUCCCCAGGAGGAGGAAGUGAACAGCGGUUCCUCCCGCGAGGACUCGAGGGCAGUCGGUGAAGGCGUAGGCCGCCGCUGCAGUGGCGCCCGGGACAGAGUCCGGGGAGACGGCGGUCGCCAUCGCUGCGGCGCUAGGGUCAGGGUGAGGGGAGGCCGCGGCUUCUGCGGCGGUGGCCUGGACUUAGGCGAAGCCGGUGGCCCGCGCAGUGGCGACUCCGGGGGCGCAGCCGGAGGAGGCUGUGUCCUGCGCCCCUCCGGCUCCUGGGACCGGGUCGGUGCAGUCCACGGGCCCCGGACCAGCGCCUGCGCGGACGGGGCCGGCGGCGGCCGCCUCAGUGGUUCUCUGGAGAGAGAGAGUGUGGAUGGCAGCCACGGCCGCAGCAGCCCUUGGGACGGAGUGAGCGAAGACCCUGGCUACGCGGCCAGCGACUCCUCGGGAGUGAGCGAGCGCGACGCCCGCUGCGCCGCCGGCUGCUGGGAGCGAGAGAGUGAGGACGCGGCGGGCUCCGGCGCCGGGGGCGCUUGGGAGACAGCGAGCAGCGGGAGCCGCGGGCCGCGUCCCGGGGACGACGGCGACGACGAGGACGAGGACGAGGACGGCCGCUGCCGCUGCGGUGGCUCCCGGGUGGACGUGAGUGAGCACAGCCCCCGCAGCAGGGGCCUGGACUCGGCUCCGCUUGCCAUGCCCGGGGUGGCCACCUCGGGCCCCACCGCUUCCCCCAGGGAGACUGCAAACUCGUGUUCCAGGAAGAAGGUGCAUCUUGGUAGCAUCCAUGAUGCAGUACGAGCUGGAGAUAUAAAGCAGCUUUCAGAGAUAGUGGAAAGUGGAGCCAACAUUAAUGAAGUUGAUAUUCUCCAUAAAUUUACCCCUUUACAUUGGGCAGCACAUUCUGGAAGUUUAGAGUGUCUUCAUUGGCUGCUCUGGCAUGGAGCUGAUAUCACACAAGUAACUACAAGAGGCUGGACUGCAGCUCACAUAGCUGCAAUCAGGGGUCAAGAUGCUUGCAUGCAGGCUCUUAUAGUCAAUGGUGCAAAUCUGGCAGCUCAAGAUCAUCGUGGAUGCACUCCUUUACACCUUGCUGCAACUCAUGGUCAUUCUUUCACUUUACAAAUAAUGCUCCGAAGUGGAGUGGAUCCCAGCGUGACUGAUAAGAGGGAUUGGAAACCUGUACAUUAUGCAGCUUUUCAUGGGCGGCUGGGCUGUUUACAGCUUCUCGUCAGAUGGGGAUGUGGCACUGAAGAUGUGGACUUCAAUGGAAAUCUUCCAGUUCACUUAGCAGCCAUGGAAGGCCACCUUCACUGUUUCAAAUUCCUACUCAGUAGAAUGAGCAAUAGCAUACAAGCUUUAAAAGCCUUCAAUGACAAUGGAGAAAAUGUAGUGGACCUGGCCCAGAGGUUCUUCAAGCAAAACAUUUUACAGUUUAUCGAAGGGGCUGCAUGGGAAGGAAAUAACCCACAAGAUCAGGAAACUUUAGCAUUUCCAGGUCAUGUGGCUGCCUAUAAGGGUGAUUUGGAAACACUUAAGAAGUUAUUAGAAGAUGGCAUAAUCAAUUUUAAUGAGCGUGAUGAUAAUGGAUCAACUCCAAUGCAUAAAGCUGCUGGACAAGGCCACAUAGAGUGUUUGCAGUGGCUAAUUAAAAUGGGAGCAGACAACAAUAUUACCAACAAAGCAGGGGAGAGACCCAGUGAUGUGGCUAAGAGAUUUGCCCAUUUGGCAGCAGUAAAACUACUAGAAGGGGUACAGAAAUAUGAUAUCGAUGAUGAAGAUGAAAUUGAUGAAAAUGAUACGAAGUUCUUUAUGAGGCAUGGCGUUGAGGGGAGCACUGAUGCCAAGGAAGACCUAUGUUUGAGUGAGUUGGAUAAAACAGAUGCCAGAAAGAGAGCUUAUAAGAAGAUCACAGAAUUGAGACACCUCCUGAAAAUUGCUGAGAGCAACUACAAACAUUUGGGUGGGAUAACAGAAGAGGAUCUAAAGCAGAAGAAAGAACAGCUUGAGUCUGAAAAGAUCAUUAAAGAGCUGCAAGGCCAGCUAGAAUAUGAACGACUACGUAGAGAAAAAUUAGAAUGUCAACUAGAUGAGUAUCGGGCGGAGGUGGACCACCUCAGAGAAACAAUAGAGAAAAUUCAGGUCCCUACCUCAGUGACUUCGGAAGAUGACUCAGGUGAGCCCAGCAAAGAGAAGAAGCAAGUGAAGAAAAAGAUGUCUUCUCGGGGGAUGUUUGUAAGAAGGUUCUAAUCAGUGAAACACAGCUGUGGCUGAUAUAUUCAACCCAGUAUCAACUAGUAAGUGUGGCUGAUAUAUUCAACCUUGUAUCAACGGAUAACCAGACAAGU